AUGCUUGCCCUAUUCCAUGAGCAUUACAAGGUCCGCUACGUUCCUCGUGGCUUGGGCUCGUGGCUGUUCUACAUCAUCUGCCUCUUGAUUCUGCUGGUGGCGCCCGUCUUCAUUGGUCUCGGGAUGGGGGGUUUCUGGCUGGACAGCGGCUACCUCGUGCGGAUGCCGUAUGUGCGCUUUACCAACCGCUGCGUCCUGCGCUACACCACUGUGCUGGGGCAGGAGAAGUUGUGGACGUGCUCGGCAGCAUUCAACGAGGAGUUUAUCCACCCACAGGAGGAGUUGACCGUCAUGCCGUUCUUCUCCAUCUACGAGAAUGAUCUCGACACCGACGAUCACGUGGAUUCGGUGACAAUAGUUCUCAGCAUUCCCAUCAACGACUUGGGCGGCAACAUCACUGGCAUGCCAGAACCCGAGGAGACGGACGCGAUCGAUCAAGUGGAGUUUUUGCCCGAAUUCACCUACGAGAUCAAUGAUUACAUCCUAAAAGUGAAUAUGACAGCUGCACCGCUGCUUACCUUUAAGCGUGCGGGACAGGGACUGGCAUCGCUGCGAGGGCCGCUCUCUGCACUCACGGAAGGUGACCUGGUGUUCCACACCACCGAGCCGCUGAUCGCUUCCCCUUAUGUGGACUACACACGCGUCUACACCGACAGCCCCUUCGACAAUGUGGACGAUGUGGAAGACGUUCGAAAUGUGCCGCAUUUUGCCGCUCAGUACUCCACACGCAAUCAAUCCUUGCGCUUCAGGCCAUACACGGAGUCUGUUGGUGGACAUGCAUUGUUGCGCGAUGAGAAUUAUGACCGUGUGCUUGGUGAAGAUUUGGGCGGUCUGGGCGACUUCACGUGGCGCGUUAAACUGCGUAUUCUUCGUGCUGAGGUGUCGUACGUCCCGUCAAUCCAAGAGGCCCUUAAAUGGGCGUGGGUGCAGUACUUCUGCAUUGCCGUAAUUCUGCAGUGGUUGCUGUGGAACCUGCGUGGCCUCCUUGUGAAGGAAGGGAUAGUGGGCUCCAUUGCCAUUUUCCACCGUGGCUGGCGGCAGCAUUAG